AAACGCGGAGGCAGCACCUCCGACAUAGAGGAUUCCCCGCCCAAACGCGGAGGCAGCACCUCCGACAUAGAGGAUUCCCCGCCCAAACGCGGAGGCAGCACCUCCGACAUGGAGGAUUCCCCGCCCAAACGCGUAGCCAUCACCUCCGACAUGGCGGAGUCCCCGCCCAAACGCGGAGCCAUCACCUCCGACAUGGCGGAGUCCCCGCCCAAACGCAGAGGCAGCACCUCCGACAUGGAGGAGUCCCCGCCCAAACGCAGAGGCAGUACCUCCGACAUGGAGGAGAAAGAAACCAAACGGGAUGCAGCCGGGAGCGACUCUGAGAACGAGAACCGGCCCCCAUCCCCAGCCCGGAGCAGACACUCGACUGCACGCAGUGACUCUGAGAUUGAGGCACCCAAACACAAAGCGCAGAUAGAGUCUGAUGGAGAGGAGGGCGGUGAGAAUAAAGGGAAGUGGAAGGCUGUAAUCCACUCCGACAGUGAGGAUGAGGUGGAGGCUCGGCCAGUGAAAGCAGCUGCAGGCAGUGACCAGGAGAAGGAGAGUCCCGCAAAACAGGUGGUGGAAGUUAGUGAGGAUGACGACGAGAUGCCAAUGAAGAGGAAGAAAGCCAUCCUGUCAGACAGUGAAGGUGAGGAGGAGAAGGCUGACGAACCAGUGGUGAAGAAGAGCCGCGCUGUGUCUGACGAUGACAGCUCCGACAGUGACGCAGGCUCAGAGGCGCACGACAAAACCAUGGCCAAACUGCGGGAACUGGGCUCAGAAAGCGAAGACGAGGAUGAUGGACAGAAGGUGGAAGGAGGGAAGAAGGACGAGAAAACACUGUUUGGUAGCGACAGCGAUUCAGGCGACGAGGAAGAGAAAAUGAUUGCAGACAUUUUUGGUGACUCUGGCGAUGAAGAGGGGGAAGAGUUUACGGGUUUCAAUCAGGAGGAUCUGGAGGGGGAUAAGAGCCAAUCUCAGGCCUCUGCAAAGAAAACAAUGGCAGAUGACUCUGAUUCUGAUGAGGGCGUGGACAGGGGUGGUGGCCAAGACACCAGUUUCAUGUCGGACUUUGACGUGAUGCUGGCUCGUAAGAAGGCCCAGAGCGGGAAGCGACGACGGAACCGCGAUGGGGGAACGUUCAUCAGUGAUGCUGAUGACGUGGUCAGCGCUAUGAUCACCAAGAUGACAGAAGCUGCAGAGGAGGACAGAACACUGAACGCUCAGAAGAAGCCAGCGUUAAAAAAGCUGACCCUCCUCCCCACUGUAGUUAUGCACCUGAAAAAGCAAGACCUCAAGGAGACGUUCAUCGACAGCGGGGUGAUGUCGGCUAUCAAGGAGUGGAUCGGCCCGCUGCCAGAUAAGAGUCUUCCGGCCCUCAAAAUCAGAGAGGAUCUCCUCAAGAUUCUACAGGAACUCCCCAGUGUGAGUCAGGAGACUCUCAAACACAGCGGGAUAGGCCGAGCCGUCAUGUUCCUAUACAAACACCCCAAGGAGUCGCGCCCCAACAAGGACCUCGCCCUCAAACUCAUCAACGAGUGGUCCAGGCCCAUCUUUGGCCUGACGUCUAACUACAAGGGCAUGACGCGCGAGGAGMGACAACAGAGAGACCUCGACCAGCAGAUGCCGCAAAAAAGACGCCUCAGUCAGCCCCAAAAGAUGGAGAGGUCCAAGGAACCGGAUGUCUUCUCCCCGCAGCAACUCAGCUCAGGGGGACAGACUCCUCAUAGAGACCUGGAGAAAGUGCUGACGGGAGAAGAGAAAGCUCUACGCCCAGGCGACCCUGGAUUCUGUGCCCGGGCCAGGGUGCCCAUGCCAUCCAACAAGGACUACGUCGUGCGGCCCAAAUGGAACGUGGAGAGCGAAUCCAGAGCAGCCCCGGUUAAGAAGGGCAUGUCACGGGUGGACAAACAGUUGCGUCGCUUCGCCGACAUAAAGCGUAUGACAAAGACAGGCCACGCGGUGAAGAUCAGCGUCCAGGGCAACCGGAUGCCCCUCUGAUGACAUUUUCUUUUUUAACCUUUUUUGGCUAGGUGAAAGCAUAGGUUUCAAUACAUAGCUUUUACCGAUCCAAUAAUAUCAGAGCUAUGAUUAUUCCAAGGAAGGAUGCAAUUAUUUAAAUCAUUUGAUUAGGGCCAGGAUCCCACUUCUGUGUGCUUUAGCCAACUCCUCUAACUAGCAUGACGAUGGUCGAAGCAGUUUGCUAAAGCACAUGGAUGAGACCAUGCUAUCGUCAAACCCCCUCAGGCCAGCCUGAAUGUAUGAUAGCGGUGUGGCUUCACAGGCUGGUUGGCCUUCGGUCCUCACGCCUUUGAGAGAUUCAAUACGGAGUGUGGAAGAUUGGUGUUAUAGCACGAUUAAAGUUUUAAGGUCAUUUCCAAUUGUGCAGACAUGCAGCAUAUACCGAACGCUGGCCUUAAGUUUCUAUAGCGCGGAUCUUCCAUGCUCAGUAUUGAAUGUACGUUAGGCCUUUGUUUUACUUUGUUUCUGAAGAAGCUGUACAGACGUAGGAGCUGCCUGUAUGUCUUGACUGUGUGCCGGUUGUUUCCGAAGAUACUUUCAUAAUAAAGAGGGUUUCACCAGA